CAGUCUGAAAUCGAUAAAAUAGAGCGGGAUGUCUUUGCUCAUCGCCAGCGACGCUUUCGGUUAUCUGCAAGAGUCCACAUAGCAAAUUUUUCUUUUGAACAAAGUUUUCGCAAACGAAUAGACAGUGGUCAGAACACCCGCCGGAUAAAACGAAUCAUGACAAUUCAAGGUUGUCGUCGAUUAAUGCAAAAUAACUAUGUCCCCGUCAUCGUACCCAAAGCAGACUGGAACACCCGUGUUCGUCCGCGUUCACACGAUGGUAUCAAUUUCUGGCUAGAUGUUGAUCCAGAUUAUCAGCUCCGCGCCCAGGACCACGAGAGCCUUAUCAGAGCCGCCCUUAGUAGGCUCAGUAUUCACAAUCAAUGGUGGAUCGCUGAUGUAUAUGUAGUGGAUAAGGACGACGACCGUGACACCAACCCAGAUACUGUAAAGCGAUUUUUUCGGUCGCUGAACGAGCGAUUCUCUAACGACCGUCGGCCCCCUAAUAGGCUGGUAUAUAAGCGGAUUCGUUACUAUAAAGGUCAUCUAGAUAGGCCAAUCGAUAAGUGGGCUGCGAAGGAUUGGUGGGCUAUAUUAGAGACGACGCCUGGCAGUAAAAAAGGGAAAUACCUUCGUGCAUUCUUAAGGCAUCCACGAUUUCCCCAGAAGCUUAAUUCCCUGCUGAUCAUUAGUGGUCUAUAG